AUGUCUUACCCCCAGGCUACAUUUCUGCAUACGGCCUUCCACGGUCCUUCACUGCUGAACACAACCCGGAAGACGAUUUCACGACAAACUCUUUACGUUCAGCUUGACCUUCUAAAAUCUACCGGCCGCUAUGAUUGCUUCAAGUUGGCGUGGAAUCCAAUAUACGAGGAUAAAUCGAUCUGGCCCGGUGGAAAGCAUCUUUUCUGGGACAGUGACAUCGCCAAAUGGAUAGAAGCUGUGUGCUUCUUCCUCACUGAGCAGUACGAUGCCCAACUGGACGCCUCUGUUCAGGAGCUUGUGACAAUGAUCCGCUCAGCCCAGCAGGAGGACGGCUAUCUGAACCUUCAUUAUCAGGUGGUUGAGCCUGGAGCACGUUGGACCAAUCUGAGGGAUAUGCAUGAAUUGUACAACGCCGGACAUAUGAUUGAGGCUGCUCUAUCGCAUCGUCAAUACUAUAAGAAUAACCUUCUCCUGGAUCCGGUUAUGAAGUAUGUAUCUUUGAUGAGGAAGACAUUUGGCGCAAGCGAAGGCCAAAUUCAUGGUUACCCCGGCCACCCUGAAAUUGAGAUGGCUUUGCUUCGCCUCUAUGCCGCGACAGGUAACCAAGAUGCAUAUGAUUUAGCGCGGUAUUUCCUUGAAGAGAGGGGGAACCCAUCCGGGGUUAAUGGGCGUCAUUUCUAUGAUGUGGAGGCCGAGGAUCGGGGCGAUGUCCCUUGGAAAAGGCCAAACUCCUUUCCGAGGGCCAGGUCAUACUGGUAUUCGCAGGCUCAUGAGCCGAUUCUUAACCAGCAGACCAUCGAAGGCCAUGCGGUGAGGGCAAUGUAUCUGCUUACAGCAGCGGCUGACCUUCUGUGCUUGGACAGUUGCGCAAUUCGCCCAUUCGGUCCCACCAAAGCCCGGUGGUUUGACGCAAUUACACGGUUGUGGGGUAACAUGGUUGACAAGAAAAUGUAUCUCACUGGGGGUAUCGGAGCGAUUAAGCAAUGGGAAGGAUUUGGUAUUGAUUAUUUCCUACCACAAGGAACUGAUGAAGGUGGCUGUUACGCGGAAACCUGCGCCGCGAUUGGCGUGAUGAUGUUGGCGGAACGUCUGCUCCACGUGGACUUGGAUUCCCGAUACGCUGAUGUGAUGGAGUUGUGUCUCUAUAAUGCCGUGUUGACGUCUAUGAGCGUCGACGGUGAUUUAUUUACCUACACCAAUCAGUUAGCCAGCUCUGAACAGGACAAGAGCAGCAGAGAGCACUGGUUCGAUUGUUCGUGCUGCCCACCGAAUAUGGCGAGGCUAUUCGGCAGCCUGGGUGGCUAUCUAUGGGAUUUUGGUGGAGCAGACCAUAGUGCUUACGUCAAUGUUCAUCUUUACACUACAGCGACGUUAAAUUUCGCUGUCGGAGAGGAAGAAAUCUUUCUCGAGCAAACCUCCGCUUGGCCGUGGGAGGGCAAGGUUUCGUUCACCAUCCGCGCCCCACCUACGGUGCAGGUUACUUUACGGUUAAGAGUGCCGGAAUGGGCAAAUGGCGAAUUUAAGCUCGAACCAAGGCUUGAAUCUGGCAAAGGGCUCGAAAAGGGUUAUAUCGUUCUGCCCGAAUCAUAUAUCUCAAGCGCGCCCCAGUUUACACUUGAGAUCCAGGGAUUCCAGCCGCGGCUGAUUCAGCCACAUCCAUACACCAACCAGCAAGUUGCUGCUUUGGCCAGAGGACCCCUUGUGUACUGCGUUGAGGACGUCGAUAAUCCCUGGGAGAAAAAUCACUUCAAAAACACCAUUCUAUCUCCAUAUGGGGGCAUAAUACGGGAGGAGUGGAGACGACGCAUUGCGGACCAUGAACAUCAAUACGUUGCACUGCACACGGUCGGCUCUAUACGUUCAAUUCCAGAGUGGGAGAACAAACCUACAGGCGUUGGACCCUGUUUAGGGGUCCUCCCACUCAGGCCGCCAUCCAAGACAGAGACAGAGCUAUGUUUCAUCCCGUAUUACCUUCGCGCAAACCGUGGCGGACGCGGCCAGAUGCGAGUUGCGCUCCUUCUGGAACAGGAAGCAACGAGGCGGUGA